AUGUCCGCCGCCCAAGCCCUCCGCGAAAAGCAAGCCCCCAUCAAAGACGGGUACCGCAGCAACCCCGCCUCAGCAGUCGUAACACUAAAGUCAACGGGCUCCCUCGACGACCACUCAAUAACAUGCAAGCUCUCUGACAGCUCUGCCGUCAAGGAAGCGCAUCGUGUCGCGGGUCUGCAUCAAAAAGCCGGUGGUGACGACCCUGCGAUAUCCGGGGAACUCUGCUCUGGGGAUAUGCUGUUGGAUGCUCUAGUCGCUUGCUCGGGCGUUACGCUAAAAGCUGUUGCUACUGCGCUUGGUAUACCCAUUGUAUCUGGUACUGUAACUGCGGAGGGGGACUUGGACUUCAAGGGUACGCUGGGUGUGGAUAAGACGGCGCCGGUGGGUAUGACGGGUAUCAGGUUGGAGUUUGCAGUACAGUUUGGGGAGAGGGAGGAUGGGAAGGAGGUUAGUGAGGAGGAGGUGGAGAGGCUGGAGGUCGUUUUCACUUCACUCUUGAAGCUCGACUGGAUCACACCGUAG